UCGUCAAUUCCUCGUCCUCACGUUCGCCCUCACGCUCAUCCUCACCUCCAUACUUCUUGUCCCACGCUGCGCAGUCGCUCCUUCCUUCGUUGACUCCGUAGAUCUUCGUCAACCCCUCCAUCCACCUGGGCAACUUCCAAGUGCUGACAUAGAUUGCCUGCCCAGGAAAAGGCUGCAUCCUCUUUCACUCCUCGCACCUAUCCCCAUCCCCUCCCACAUACUACCCAAUUGGAAAUCCUCUCAACCCUCCAUCCCACGCCUUCCAAGGUGCCUUCCAACUCGCAGAAGUCCUUCACCUUCACUUCAUAUACCCCUCGUUCCUUCCUCCGCCGAGGGCUUCCUCACCUUCACCUUGGAUACUGAGUGCUCCACCUCGAGUCUGUUUUAUGACCUCAACUCCUUUGACCUCAACUCACUCAAUUACAACAACCCCAACUCUCAACCUCCACCUCCACCUCCUCCACUACACCUAUACCUCCUCCUCGUGAGCUCCAGCGCCGAUCCAGACUCGCAUCAUCUGAAUUGAACGAUCCAAUUGGACAUUCAGGUUCCACCCAGCCAACUAGACGCCGCACAGUUCCGUCGGUGACAAUUAUAACCUCCAUCACCGUCCCAUCCUUUCGUUGUCUCGUCUGCUGGUAAAAGUCCACAAAAUCGAAGUCGAGACUUGCACAUUACCGUUGUGCAACACAAUUGGAAAUCGUGCGACUGUUACGACGCCGCGGUCCACAUCUUAUCGAAGGUCACGAUAAGAACUCGAACCCCGCCAUCCACGGUUUGACUCGACAACGGACUACCCACUACCAAAAUUGGUCCAACUAGACGUCAGCCCACUUUACACGCAUACACCUACACCUACACCACUCCUGGCCUGGACUGCGGAGUACGGAGCAUACCGUUGCUUUCUAGCCGCCGUCCGAUCCCUACCCAAUCAUUCAAAAUGGGGCUCUUCUCCCGCAAAGACAAGUCCGGUUCCAGCAGCUCGAGCAUGCGCAAGAAUUCCUCAACUCUCGGCGAUCUCACUUCUCUCUCCUCACAUUCACAAACCUCAUUAAAAUCACCAAAUACACCAGGCUACGGGAAGAUGUCCUCCCCACCGAUCCCACCCACAAUCCCAAAGGUCGCCAUGCCCAAGGCACCCGAUCCAAAUAUCGACCCCGCAGGUUACCUCCGAAGCAUUGGCGCCGUACGAGAACGCUGCUCGGUCAUGUUGGAAAGGGCGAAGAACAAUGAGUUGAAUCACUUUGAUGUUCACAUGGAUAGUUUCAAGGACACUACCAAAUUCGUCGUUUCUAUUAUGAAGGUGAGCGGCAUGACCCCGCUUAUUUUAUUCCAACCCUCUAAUUAUACUGACAUGAUGCACAAUAGCGCGACUUUGCUCCAGACUAUGCAAGCAUUCCCCCUCAUGGCAGGUGGCAACACUUCAAUGUUGGAGGGAAGGAUCGUAUUCAAGCUCUCUCCGAUAGCUGGUCCGCCGAAAUCGACCUCGCCGAACGGUGCCGCCGAUACCUCGAUCUUUUCCUUGUCUCGGUUUUAUUAGAUGCGGGUGCUGGAACAACUUGGCAAUACAAGAGCGAGAGUGGAAAGAUAUUUCGAAGAAGUGAGGGACUGGCAAUUGCGAGUUUGGAAAUGUUCAAACGUGGUCUUUUCAGCAGCAACCAAAGCCAACCGCACCAAGUUGAUGGGGAAGGUCUAAAGAAUUUAACAGUUGAAGAUAUGCGAGAAGGACUUCAAGUCACGGAAGAAAAUCCGAUUGCAGGACUGGAAGGACGAACAGAACUUUUACAACGAUUAUCACAAGCAAUGAUGAACCCUACAUAUUUCGGUGCUGAUGGAAGACCUGGAAAUAUGAUGGGUAUGUUUGAACAACUCCUGAUUUUCAUAAAACUUGCUAACAUUCAUAGAUUACCUAAUUUCUCACCCCUCUACCCAGGCCUCAUCUAUUCCCGUUGUUCUACUUCCAACCCUAUGGAGCGUUUUGAUGGAUGGACUUGCACCAAUCUGGCCAGCUGCUCGAACUUCAAUUGAUGGGACAGCUCUUGGUGACGCUUGGCCAUUAUCAUCUAUGCCUGCAACAGGAACUACAGCACCAUGGGAGACCAUUGUACCUUUCCACAAAUUAACACAAUGGCUCUGCUACUCACUUAUGCAACCCAUGACAAAGAUAAUGAACAUGUACUUUGCAGGCGCCGAACUGAUGACUGGCCUCCCCGAAUACCGCAACGGAGGACUGUUCAUUGAUACUGGUGUCUUGUCGCUUAAAAAGGAAGACGAAACUAGAGGAUUGGACAACUUUCGCAUCAAUAGCGAGGAGAAUGGAAAGAAGAUAUUGGAGGUCGUUCCUAUGUUCAAACCAGAUGAUGAUGUCAUCGUUGAGUGGAGAGCAGUUACGGUCGGUUUCCUGGAUUUGUUGUUGGAAGAGGUGAACAAUACGCUGGAACUUGCUGGUCCGGAUCGGUUGUCCCUGCCACAAAUGUUGGAGGCUGGUAGCUGGAAGGUAAGCAGGAUUAAGAUCUUUUAUUUUCCCUGCCCUGCAAUUUCGUGCUAACAAACCCACAGGGCGGAAGAGAAAUGGCCGAGAUUUUACGACCAAAUACCCAAUGUCCACCCAUCGCCAUUCUGUCUGAUGGAACGGUCUUUUGAUUGAAAUUUAAAAUAUACGAGUGGUGGUGAGUGCGGAAAGAUGGGCGUAUUUCAGCGAAAUGGUGAUUCAAGGGUUGGCUA